CUCGGGUUACUAUGUCAGUGCAAUGGGAAGUUCUCCUAAUGAGCUUAUUUCUGUUCAGUACCGCCCAAGCCGGAGCAUAUUGUGGACCAAACAAGAUAUAUGCGUGUGUGCCUACUCAAUUUUGUGGCGAUGAUCGCGGCCUGCUAAGAAGUCCCGCUGCUCAUUUUAACAGGCAGUGCUUCUCGUUUGAGUCUUGCUGCGACGUUAAUAGGAUCAUUUUUGGAAUGCGAUACAGUGGAGGAGAAUAUGAGCCAGGUCCAUACGUACAAUCCAGCGAGCCAAUCAGCAAUGCAGGCGGAACAAAUGUUGGCACAAACACUCAGCCAACUGGUAAUGCGGGUGGCAAUAGCGCGCCCUCGAAAAAAAGAGGUGGAGUGUCAUCUACAACAAACAUUCAAAAUUUGAAUAAUGUAGGAGGUAAAACUUUUACAACAAAUAGUCAAACGCCUAGUUAUACGAUGUAUAGUCAGCCAUUGAAUAAUGCGAGUGGAAAAACAUAUACUGCAAGCACUAAGUCACCCAACGAUUCAGAUACAAAAUCUUUUACACACAAUAAAAAUUACCAUGCUCAUAAUCAUUUUAACAAUAAUUCGGGAAAAACUAAUUUAGAAAACACAUCCACGAAUAAUACUAAAAAUACAAAAAAUUCAAGUGAUCUUCAACAGUCCCAUUCUUAUCAAAAUCAUGCUCAUAAUUAUCUCAACAAUAAUUCAGCAAAAACUAAGUUAGCAAACCGAUAUACGGAGAAUACUAAAAAUACAAAUAUCCCAAGUGAUCUUCAACAGCACCAAAAUUAUCAAAAUCAUGCUCAUAAUCACCUUAACAAUAAUUCGGCAAAAACUAAGUUAGGAAAUCCAUCCACGGGUAAUACUAAAAAUACAAAUAAUCCCACUUAUCUUCAACAGCAUCACCAUUAUUAAAAUCAUAAUUACAAUCCCAGUGUUAGUUUAGGCAGCGGUGUUCUAGUUUAUAAUACUGUGCUUAAGCGUAUAGGAAUAAACAGAAAUGCAACUCAGAAUUUUAACAAAAACAUGCAAAUAAAAUUGAUUUGUUGGUUAGUCUGGUUAAAAGACUUGGACUACUGCACAAAAAAACUGGCGAACCCUUUACUCGAUUGAAGAAAAGAGAAGUACGGUCUGAAUACAGUCUGGAAUUCGGGGGAAAGCGAUGGAGAAAAGGUCAGCUAGACCGCUGCAGCUGUCACCAUUGACAGGAAGUCAAAAGUUAGCGUCCCCCAAAAGCGGAACUGAAACUGACAGCAACAAACACUCUCACCCAGUCGCCUCAAGGACAGCCGAAAAGAAAAUCAAGGCAUGACAGAAAUAAAGGACAAAAAUCCAUAAGAAAAUAAAAACCGAAAUUUGAUUUCCACAGACAAGUAAAAUAUUUUUUACCCCAUCCUUCUCCCUUCUAUCAAACCUAUGCCAGCUGCUGAAACCAAAAGAAAUUUUAAUAUAAGAAAAAAAGGAAAACAGGGAAAGAAAAUAGAAGGACGUUCCGAGUGCGUUUUCCAGCUGUUUCCCUUCAACGAGAAUUUGUCAUUUCUUCUCCUCCGUAUUUCCCAGUUUAAUUCUAAGCUUGUUUGCAUGUGUUUCUCAGUCUGUUUGUGGUUUGUCCUUCCUUUGUUAUUUAUUAUUGUUUUUCAACAGGAAAUUCGUUUUCCUUGUUGUUUUGUUUCCUGCUUAUUUGUGUUACCAGUUUCUCUUCAUCAAUUUCUUCGACUGUCUGCGGCUGAUUGGGGAAAUCGACAGUCAAAAACCCUUCAAAAGCCUGUAAACUAAAUGCAUUAGCUAAUCUUAAUUAAAAUGAUUUGGUGCAUCUAAAAGGAAUUUCAAAUCCAAUUUAUUUUUUGAUAUGGUUUGCAUUGAAACUAACUUAAUACUAUUUUAAAGGAAUCAACUUUGCAUAUGCUUAUCUCUGCAAAAAAUAUACUUUUAUAUUAAAAAUAUUUUCAAAACCAUUUUAAAUACAAGAUGCAAUCCUUACACUCAAUUAAAUCAACUUAUUUCUGGUCAAAAUAUUUUACAAAAAUUGGCCGAAAAAUAAAAGAAGGCUGCCGUGAGGCGGCAACUCAAGCUCAUUAAUUUAACUUACCCAAAAAGGAAACCAAGUGGGUGUGGGAAAUUCAGGCCAAACAAUACCGAGAUAGAGGGACCGGAAAACAGGAUGUGCGGCCAGGUACGAGGAGGCAACAAGAAAAAACCACCAAGAAAAAGUAGCACGGAAGCGGAUUUUCAUUCAAGUUGCCAGCCAGGAGGAGAAGAGGAGGACGCUUUCUCCAUCUCGGCCCACUUUUUCUCCUUGGUAAUGAUUCAGCAUUAAAUUUCGGGUGACUGAAGAAAGGCAAGAAACAACAAAAUCAGCAGCAGCAACACCAACAGCAACAGCAACAAAGAAAAUCAGUAAAACGAAACGAUGUCGACGUCAAAGCAAAUGAAACUGAAGAUGAGACCAGAGCGAAAUUUCGGACGAACAUCAUUAGAAAGUUGCUGGAAUUCGGUUGUAGCCGGUUCGUUGUGUAUUGGGUGGGGUUGGGGUUGGUGUUUGGCAAUAUUCAUCCGACCUUGCUAAUUGUAUGACAACGGGGGGUGGGAUUCGCCCACCUGGCCAUUGAAAUCAUUCCUCCGUUCAAGUAGCUGAGCGCAUAAAACUAAGCUGCCAAUUCAAUUUCGUAAUCAGAGUGGCAUGAAAAAUUAAAUAAAACAUGCAAAUAAAAUUAUUACGCAUAAUUUGUGUGCACAGGGUGGGAUGAAGGGCUCCCGGUAGGCAAUACCAUUUUCCCGCGAGCUUUUCCGGUGCGGAGUAGCUGGUUUCAUUUCGGCUGGGAUUUUGAGUGACUGUCUGUUUGGGGUUUCCUUUGUAACACAACUUAUUUUUCUGAUUCAAAAUUUGGCUUCAAAUUACGCC